AUGGCAGCAGCAGCAGCAAGAGCCUUUGCAAUCGUCGCCGGUGUUGGGCCUGGCACGGGCUCCUCCGUCGCCCGCCGCUUCGCACAAUCCUACCCCGUCGUCGUCCUCGCCCGCAACCCAGCCAACUUCACGCCCGUCGUAGACGAGAUCAACUCGUCAGGCGGCAAAGCGCUCGGAAUCAGCACCGAUCUCUCCGACGCAGCCAGCGUGCGGGCGGCCUUCGACAAGAUCGCUAAGGAGUUUCCGGACCUGCCCCUCGCAGCAGCCAUCUUCAACCCUGGAGGCGGGUUCGUGCGCAAGCCCUUCCUCGAACUCACUGAAGAAGAAUUCGUCGCGGGGUACAACAGCCAGGCUAGGGGGGCGUUCUUGUUCAGUCAGGCGACGCUGCCGCUGCUGUUGAAGGGGGUGGAUCAGUCCGGGGAGAAGAAGUUGGAGCAUCCGCCUACGUUGAUCUUUACCGGCGCAACAGCCAGCGUCCGCGGCUCAGCGACCUUCGCCACCUUCGCGACAGGCAAGUUCGCCCUGCGCGCUCUGUCCCAGAGCCUCGCGCGCGAGUUCGGUCCGCAGGGAGUCCACGUCGCGCAUGUGAUUGUCGACGGGGUGAUCGAUAUCCCGCGGACGAAGGAGUGGAAAUUUCCUCAUCCGGAUGCGAAACUUAGUCCGGAGGCGAUCGCCGACUCGUACUGGUUCCUGCAUACCCAGCCCCGCACGACAUUCGCUUUUGAACUCGAUCUGAGGCCGUAG